CUUUCUCCUCUUCUUCUACCUGCAACUAAAGCGAAUAUCUAACUCCCGAAUUUACAAUCCUACAAAUGUCUAACAAGGACUACUACAGCGGCGGUGGCCCGCAAUACGGACCUCAGUAUGGUGGGCAGCCACAAGGCGGCUACUACCCACCCCAAGGCGGCCCUCCCCCGCAGGGCUACUACCCCCCCCCCGCAACAGGCAUAUCAACCCGGUGGUCCGCAAUACUACCCCCAGCAGCAACCGAUGUACCAACAGCCACCUCCCCCGCAGCAGUCGGGCGGUGGUGAUCUCGCAAGCGGCACGUGUAUGGCCUGUCUAGCAGGCAUGUGUCUGUGCUGCUGUGCCGAAGACUUGUGCAACCUCUGCUUCUGAUCCUACUCCUCGCUUAGGGCUUGGACUGGGGACUCUAUCCUACGUACUCUCGUAACGACCGAGCUUGUAUCGAUACUCGACGCCGGCAGGGCAGGAACGAGCCGUUUUCAUAUCACCUAGUUGUCUAACUGAGUUCUCUCUUUGCUGUUUGAUGUGUGUUGAGAGGCCUCCACUUGCGUUUGGCACGUUAGGAAAGGGACGGGGUGUGGGAAGACGCCAAGCAGGGUGUGGGUUUACCCUGCUCGAACGUUUCUCCGUCCGCAUCCUCCGUUGUUCGACGACAGUGCCCUAAGCCCAUCCAUCACCAAAUGCUGCCCAGGGCGUGUACCACUUCC